ACUAGUGUUUUGCAACGCUGGCGGACCCACAUGGGGGGGAAGUUAUGAAGUGUGUACGAUCAUAUUUAAAGAGCUCAGUAUGGACCGAUUUAAUUUUGUUGUGGAAGCCAAGGGAUCCAGCGUGUGUUUAGUGUCCGAGGAGGGUUUUUGAGUGCGUGCUUUUCUUCUUAAGGCACCGAAAAUCAGUUUGAAUAGUUUAGUUUGGCAAGCGGGAAAGCGCCACGAAUAGCUAUGAAUAUCGUCACCGAAUUGUUUGUGGUCACUUUUAAAAUAAUGUGGUCAUUUGUGUUGGCUGGCGCUAAAUGGUUUGUUCGUCCGCGCGAGAAAAGUGUGCGGGGCCAGGUGUGUGUUAUCACCGGUGCUGGAAGUGGUCUCGGGCGGCUGUUUGCACUGGAGUUUGCUCGGAGACGAGCGACUCUCGUGCUUUGGGACAUCAACAGGCAGGGUAACGAAGAAACGGCCGAGAUGGUGCGUGAAAUCUACCAAAAGUUGAGCCCCUCCGAAGGCUCUUCAGGCGUUGUCCAAGAGUUGCCCCUGUUUCAGCCAAAAGUGUAUGCGUAUGUUUGCGACGUAAGUAGACGUGAGAGUGUAUAUUCUACAGCAGAGAAGGUGCGCAGAGAUGUGGGUAAUAUCGACAUGUUGAUCAAUAAUGCUGGAGUUGUCUCAGGACAUCAUCUUCUCGAGUGCCCAGACGAGCUCAUCGAAAGAACCAUGAUGGUCAACUGCCAUGCUCACUUCUGGACUACCAAGGCUUUUCUUCCUGCAAUGCUGGAGUUGAAUCAUGGGCACAUUGUAACUGUCGCCAGCUCACUGGGUUUGUUUACCACUGCUGGUGUGGAGGAUUAUUGUGCAAGCAAGUUUGGUGCCAUAGGCUUCCAUGAAUCUUUGAGUCAUGAACUGAAAGCAGCUGAUAAGGAUGGAAUUAAGAUGACUCUUGUCUGUCCGUUUUUGGUGGACACUGAUAUGUUCAAAGGCUGUAAAAUUAGGAAAGAAAUGGCUCCCUUUUUUCCACCACUAAAGCCAGAGUACUGUGUACAACAAGCCAUGAGAGCCAUACUAACAGACCAACCAAUGAUCUGCACGCCACGUGUCACGUACAUGGUCACCUUCAUGAAAACAGUUUUGCCAUUUGAUGCCACUGUAUGCAUGUAUAGAUUUAUCGGUGCUGAUAAAUGUAUGUACCCCUUCCUGGCUCAACGAAAGGAGUUCACAAACAACAAUGAAUCAAAGACUGGGAUCUAACUGGUGGCAACUUUAAGCAACGAUGCUAAAUUCUUUGUAGUUCCAUUGGAACGGUGAAAGCUGUACGCUAAGUUUUUCCAAACAACAUUUAGCUGGCAACUUUGCAAGUUCAGCAUGUUACUUUAAGAUUGCAUAAAAAAGGCCAAUCACCUAUUUAUAUGCAUUCAUAUUUUGUCAUAUAUUGUUUUUUUCUGUCAACAUUCAAUGACCAUGUCACUUUAGAGGUUUAUCCUCCUUUUAACACUAAGAUAUGCACUGUGUGUACUGAGUAUUUCUUGGUUGCCUGGUCCAAAUGACUGUCAAAAGAAACUACCACAAUUGCUUAAAUUGUUAAAUAAAUAGUCUUUUCAAAUGAA